AAUUCCACUCAUAUUAUUCAAAUGAUGAAGCUUCUUUGCAUCUAUAAGCAUCCACCAUCACUUUUUGCACCACUUUCUAAACAAUUAUUACAUAAUGAUCAACAAGGCAUAUUCAAAGAAAAGAGGUUCAUUAAAAACUCUUCUUCAUUUUCCUCAUGUUGCAUAGUUCAUGUGAAGGAAGAUUCAAAGCCAUAUGAGAUAGAUCCAGAGAAGGCUAAAGAAGCCCUCAAAGAGCUUGACCAGAAAAUUCAAUCUGUCCCUAAUAAACAAGUUUCCUCUCCAAAACUCAGGGUUUCAGAAGUGAAGCCUACGAGAGAGGAAACAAUAAGUGACAGCAAUGGUAAACUAGAAAUUUCAGAGUCAUUUCUUGCACUUCUAGCUGGUGGACUUGUUCUCUUUACUAUAUUUUACAAUGUACUAUUUAUUACUGUAAUUAAACCAUCCAUUGAUGGUCCAGUGUGAAUUCAAAAUUAAUAUAUAUGAGGGAGAAGAAACAUAUUCAAUAAUUUACAGCACACUUAUAAAGUGUAGAUUUUGAACUAUAUAUCAGUUUUCUCAUGACCAUAUUGUUACUCAGUCA